AUGGCCCACUUUUCGCGCUCGAAAUCCAAUGUGUCAGUCACCGACUCUGUGCUAGCGGACUCCGUGCCAGGAUCUUCAACUUCUUGGUGGUCUAGAGAGAACCCAUUAACGUGUAACAGAUUUCCAACCUCUAGCUCAACCAAGCUCGGAAAGAACUCCGGAGUUGUGGCGGCCGUGUGUAUCGUUGCGAUAGAAGAUGUAGACUGCGUCCUAGUAGUUGCAAAUCCAGCAGUCAACUCGUUCAUCAUCCCGGAAGAUUAG